CCAGCACCGCCGGUGCAGGGCCGGAGGUCAUCGCUCAGUGGAGUGUGCUACCUGACCAUGGGUCUCCUCGUGCUGCUCCUGGGCUUGGUCUUUGCAUCGAUGUAUGUGUACAGAUACUUCUUCAUCACCCAGCUGCCCCGUGAGAGCGUGUUUCACUGCGGCGUCCUCUACGAAGACUCUCUGUACUCACCGUUCAGAGGGCAGCUGGAGCUGCACGAGGACGUCAAGAUCUACAUUGAGGAGAACUAUGAGCAAAUCAAUGUCCCGCUGCCACGGUUUGGAGGGAGUGACCCUGCCGAUAUCAUCCAUGAUUUCCAGCGAGGUCUGACAGCUUAUCAUGACAUAACGCUGGAUAAAUGCUACGUCAUCGAGCUGAACACCACUAUCGUGAUGCCCCCUCGCAACCUGUGGGAGCUGUUGGUUAACGUGAAGAAAGGGACAUACCUGCCUCAGACAUACAUAAUCCAGGAGGAGAUGAUCGCCACCGAGCACGUCAGUGACAUGGAGCAGCUCGGCUCCUUCAUCUACCGCCUCUGCAGCGGCAAGGAGACCUACAGGCUGAAGCGGAGGAGCACGAGGAGACGCAUCAGUCGACGUGAGGCUGGAAACUGUCAUCGCAUUCGUCACUUUGAAAACACUUUUGUGGUCGAAACCGUUAUCUGUGGGAAGUCAUGAAGCCACUCUCCAGAUGUAACCUUCCUUGGCUUUGCUUGCACACACAUGCUCUCAGUCCUCUCUUUAGACAUGGUAAUCUGUCUUAUUUCUUUUACUCCCUCCCCUGCUUACGCAGCUCUAACCUCUGGGGUCCAUCACAGUGGAUUCUCUUCUCUCCCCGUUACCUGCCUGAGACGCCUGCUGGGCUUAAAUUUACACAGUGGUGAAAGAUAACCUGGGAGUAGAUGCGGCUUCUUCCAUACCACAGGAUGGGAAUCU